AGAAAAGCUUGUACCCAAUCAUACACAAUUGGUUUGAAAGCCGCCAUGCAAGGCUUUGCUCUCCGUCUCUCCUUCCUCCUCAUCAUCAUCUUCUUCCACUUCUUGGCUCUCAGAUUAGCCGCCAGCCCCACCGCCGCAUCGCCGCCGCCUUAUAACGCAACCGAUUUGUUGCUCCUCAACUGCGGCGCGCCGUCGGAGAUCACUUCAGAUGAGGGACGCGAUUGGGAUACGGAUAACCACUACUUGCGAUUCAUGCCAACAAACACGGCGGCGAUAUCGUUUCAGGCCACCGCGGAGCAAGGCCCUUCCGUGCCCCGAGUUCCGUUCACCACCGCGCGUGUCUUCACCUCCCACCUUACCUACUCCUUCCGUGUCUCCCCCGGCAAAAAGUUCCUCCGCCUCUACUUCUACCCCGCCCAAUACUCCGCCGCCGCCGCCGCAGGCGGCGGCGGCGGCGGCUUCAAUCAGGCCGAUUUUUUCUUCUCCGUCACCGCCAACCACUACGUCCUGCUCCAAAACUUCAGCGCCUCCCUAACGGCAUCCGCCUCGCCGUCGUCAAACCCUACCGUUAAAAAGGAAUUCGUCGUCGACGUUGACGAUAAACAGCAACUGAACCUUACUUUCUCGCCGUCUCCAAACGCUUAUGCCUUUGUCAAUGGAAUCGAAAUCGUGUCAAUUCCGUCUGAUUUAUACUUCCGGGGCGAAAAUUAUCCAAUAAAGCUGGUCGGGCAGGCGAGCGAGACUUAUUUUUCCAUUGAUAACUCCACUACCUCCCUGGAAACUUUGUACAGGCUGAACGUGGGAGGCAUCCAUCUGGGCCCCACAGACGACACGGGCAUGUUUCGUGAGUGGUCGGACGACAAGGAUUACGUUGUCUAUCGAGAGAACCAAACGCCCAACUUGGCCGUACCGGUUAAUUAUACUAACGAAACUCCGGCUUAUACCGCUCCCAACGUGGUUUAUACCUCGGCGAGGACCAUGGACGACCACAAUAAUAAUAGUAAUGGCCUAUUUUGGGAUUUCCCAGUUGACGGAGGGUUUUCGUAUCUUUUAAGGUUUUAUUUCUGCGAAUUUGAGCCUGAAGUCAAUGAUACAAACCAGCGAGUUUUCUCCAUAGAGGUGAAUAACUCGACAGCAGAGGGGCAGUUUGAUGUUAUUGAACAGAGCGGUGGCCCUGAGGUUCCAAUAAUGAGAGACUACGUGAUUCUUGUUCCGGACCCGGAUACUCGCCGGAGCAAACAAAUUGUUUCUCUCUCGUUACGCCCUAACAUGGAGGGAAAACCCAGGUACCGCAAUGCAAUUUUGAAUGGUUUAGAAAUUUUUAAGCUCAAUGACUCGACGGGGAAUCUGGCCGUGCCUAACCCUCCGGAAAUUCCGGCCGCCAAACCAGGAUUAUUGCCGGAGAAGAAGGGUAGAAAAGGGUUGGUAGCUAUUAUUGGCGGAGUUGCUGCGUUAGUUCUAGUAAUAAUAAUUGUGACCAUUUUCUUGAUUUUCCGGCGGCGGAAGAGGACGGCGAACCUAGCUCCGAGUGUCACCAAGUCAUCGUGGGUCACUAUGGCUAGAGACUCAAUUACCACACAAAAGACGGGAGGAUCCGACGGGUCCCGUUUGCCGUUGGAGCUCUGCCGACAUUUCUCACUGGACGAGCUCAAACUGGCCACCGGCAACUUCAACGAGAAUUUCGUGAUCGGGAGAGGGGGGUUCGGGAAGGUGUACCGAGGAUACAUCGACGCCGACGUAACCUCGGUCGCGAUCAAACGUUUGAGCCCCGAAUCCAGCCAAGGUUUCCGCGAGUUCCAAACGGAAAUCAAGAUGCUAUCCAAGCUCCGGCAUCUCCACCUCGUGUCCUUGAUCGGAUACUGCGACACCGACAGAGAGAUGAUCUUAAUCUACGACUACAUGGCCCACGGAACGCUGCGCGAUCAUCUCUACAACGCCGGCAAGCCGCCGCUCCCGUGGAAACAGCGCCUCAAGAUUUGCAUCGGCGCCGCGAAAGGCUUGCAUUACCUUCACGCCGGCGCGAGGCAUCCGAUCAUCCACCGGGACGUUAAGUCCACCAAUAUUUUACUGGAUGAGAAAUGGGUGGCUAAGCUAUCAGAUUUCGGGUUGUCCAAGGUGGGCCCACUAGGGGAGGCCGUCAGCCACGUCAGCACUGCGGUCAAAGGCAGUUUCGGAUACGUUGACCCGGAGUACUACAGACGGCGUCAGGUAACGGAAAAGUCCGACGUGUACUCCUUCGGAGUUGUCUUGUUCGAAGUGCUGUGCGCUAGGGCCGCCGUGAUUCCAAACCUGCCGAGAAAUAAAGUUAGCUUGGCGGAGUGGGGUCGUCGGAGUUACGAAACGGGCGACGUCAGCGAGAUAGUGGACCCCAAUUUGAAGGGCCAAAUUGCGCCGGAGUGUCUAAUCCAGUACGUGGAGAUCGCCUGCAAUUGCCUGAAGGAUCAAGGGAUCGAUCGGCCGUCCAUGAACGAUGUGGUGUGGGGCCUUGAGUUUGCAUUGCAGCUCCAAGAUGCAGCCGAUAAGAGAUGCGGCCUCCCUCCGCCGUGCACGCCGGAGAGGCCGAGCUUUCCUUUGCCACAUCCGAAGACGCUUGCAAAGGGCGGCGAGGUGGAAAAUAACUCAGACGAGUAUGACGGUGACGCGUUUACUGCAUCCGAAGACGCUGCAAAAAUAUUCAGGACUAAAAGUAGUAUCACUGCUACUUCUACAAGUGACGAUAGUUUGAGGGGACAAUCUCACACUAUUUUUUCAGAGCUCAGUAAUCAAUUGGGACGUUAAUACAUUGUUCUACUUUGAACAAAAUUUAGCACCCUCAAUAUAUAUUUUCUUUUGGGUAUAACACCUAUAUGUAUCAACUAAUUCUGAUAAACUACAUAGGUGUGUAAUUUUGUAUUUUAUAUGUAUAUAUUUUUAAUUUGCAACAUUUAGCUUAUAUAUUA